AUGAAUAACCAGAAUAGAGUUAAGAGUUUUAUACUAAUAAUCUUCUUUUUUGUGCUCAAUCAUUUCAUCUUUUUGGUCUGUGGUGCACCACUUGCACCGGCAUUGUAUGUAUUCGGCGAUUCGUUGUUCGAUAGUGGCAAUAACAAUAUCUUGCCAACAGUUUCUAAGGCUAAUUUCAAGCCUUAUGGUGUUAAUUUUGUCAAAGGAGACACAGGGAGAUUCAGUAAUGGUAGAUUGGUUCCAGAUUUUAUAGCUGAAUUUCUCGGCCUGCCAUAUCCUCCGCCGUGUAUAAGCAUCCGGACAUCCACCCCGGUUACUGGUUUGAAUUACGCGUCAGCAUCUUGCGGCAUUCUUCCUGAAACUGGAAAGAAUUGGGGAAAAUGCUUGAGUUUGGAUGACCAGAUUGAUUUAUUUCAUCGUACAGCUGAGUCAAGCUUACCAAAGCACUUCAAAAGUAGUGGUCCAAAUGGGGUAAUGCAGUACUUGUCAAAGUCUAUAUUUGUAGUCUGCAUUGGCAGUAAUGACUAUAUGAGUUACUACCAGAAACGCCAGACAAAUGAUACAGGCAAACACGACUCUCCUCAAGCAUUUGCUCAGCACCUUUUGAAUAAACUAUAUGCCCAAUUUCGGAGGUUAUAUACUUUAGGAGCCAGAAAAGUUGUGAUGUUUGAGAUUGGACCCAUCGGUUGCAUUCCAUCGAUGACAAGGAAAAACAUACAUGAUGGGAAAUGCGUUGAAAAUUCAAACCAGCUUGUUGCAUACUUCAACGAUAAUCUUCUCGGAAUGCUUCAGAAUUUGACAUCCACUCUCCCCAACUCCAUUUUCGUCCUUAGUCAUGCUCAUUGGCUAGGUUAUGAUGCAAUCAUCAAUCCUUCUAAAUAUGGUAGAGCUUACUUGACACAAGCAACCCAUGUUGCAAAACCUGGGCCAAUGGGAUCUCCGCUUGCAUUCCUGGGCUAA